GACUCCUAGAGUGCUUACGGUGGAAUAAAUAAUUAUACUAUGUCAUGUAAAAUAAUUUAUUGUGGUCUUAAUUUCCAGCUAAUAUGACCUAAAUGACUAUACCACAGUUUAAAUAAUAAACCAAUCACGAAAAAAAAUGUUAUAUGCAUCAUUUCUGCUAACGAGCAAAACAGUUGACGUUUUGAUAACCCACUGAAAUCAUUAUUAUUGUUAUUAAAAAUCUUUGUUUACUGGAUUAAACCAACAAUUGAAGUUGGUUAUAGAGUAAAACUUAAAAUGAGAAAAAGGAACGAGUCAUUUUCAUCAAAGCAAUUCGAAAUUAAAAACGACUUGAAUUGUCAAUGUUGUGGUAAGGAGUUUAAGUAUGAAAGUGAGAGGAAGAGACAUGAGCAAAGUCACACUCCACAGUUCAUAUGUAAAAUUUGCAAUAAGAAGUUUAGUUUUAUGUCAGCACUUAAAAGACAUGAGAAACAACAUGAAAGGACUGGCAGUGUUUCUUGCGACCACUGCAAUCGCAAAUUUAGAGAUGAGUCAUUAUUGAAGAGACAUAUCAAAUAUGCCCAUAAAGGUACAUUUGUCUGCAAUAAAUGUAGUGCAAUCUUUAAUAGUGAUUUAGCUUUACAUUCUCAUAUGAAAAUUCACAAGCCAGAGUCAGAGAGAAAGUACCGAUGCAGUUUUACAGGCUGUUCUAAGACAUUUAAUUUUGCCCACCAUUUGAAACAUCAUGAGCUGACCCAUACAAACACCAAACAAUAUUUUUGUAAUGAAUGUGGAAAAGAAAACGACAACAAUGAUUUUUUGGGAAACAUUGAUAUUAGUACUGCUAUUACUGUAACCGGUCUCCCCAUUAAUAAAUAUGAUUUAUUUCCAAACAAUGGUGAUGGGUUCCUGCCUGAUGCUGAGUUUGUAAAAUUUGACAAUAAUCAUGCUACGGACUGGAAAGUGCAGUACUUAAAAGAUGAAAAUGAGUAUUCCGAUAUUGAAGUUCCUAAGGAUCUAUGUCAAAGUGAAAAUGAGGAAUUAACAAUUUUACAGAAAGUAAACUCCCUUGAGUUAAAUGAAGAUGAAACAGUUGGCGAUUGCAAGUCAAGUAUUGGAGGCUGCAUCGUGGAAGAUGGGAAUAGCCAUCAUAAAUGUUUAUGUGUUCAGAUGCAAUCGAACGCAAUAUCCAUAGAGGAUACUUACGAAUUCAUAGCUAAUAAAUCGUGCAAUUCUGUGAAUUCAGAACCUAAAAACGGUGAUUUAAAAGCAGUUAAAGUAACCAGUUGUGAUGGAUGUGAAUGUUCAGAUCAUCUGGUAUUUAAAAACAAAGAUGAAAGUGAUGUUGUGGGCACCAUAAAUCAAAUCAAUGAAAUAAUUGAUUAUAAAUCAGAUGGAACCAUUAAAUUAAAACAAACAUCUGAUAUGGAUGUACAACAUACAUUACCGUCAAGUUCGAGUGACAGUAUAAUAAAUGUAAGUGCCUCCGAAAAUAUUCCUUUUAACAGUUGCAAGGAUAUUUUAGGGAAAUGUAUAGUUAGUGGUAAUGGAACUAUAAGUGAAGGUUGCUUGUGUGCAAAAAUGGUAAUGGAUGAUCAGCAAAUAUUGGACCAGGAGGUUAUUGAGCUGACACCGUGUCCUAAGGCAUAGCUACGUCCAAAAAGAUAAUGUAACAACAUUAUUAAUAUAAAUGAAUGUGAUAUUUUAAUGGAAAGCCAUCGUGUUUCAAGUAAAGGUAAACUUGUAUAAUAUAAACUUAUUAUAACUUUAUUUCAUAAUUAAAUGUGAGACUGAUGAGAAACAAAUUUUUUGCUAUGCUAAUGAGAUUCGCAAAUUCCACCUAAAGAUAUGUAUAGUCUAUUUUUUAUAUUUCUAAUUUAGAAUAAUUUAUAAAGGUCUUGUUAAAAAUCAAAUAAAUGCUUUCAAUUUCAAUAUUUAUAUUAAUGGGUUAUUAUUAGUUAAGGUCUUAGGAGUUG